AUGUACAAUAAAUAUUUCGGUAAGAAUCCGGAACAAUCACUGGCUUACAUUAAUCAGAAGGUUGACGAUUUAAUAGGAAAUGAUGUUAAAAUGCUGGAUUCCUGUAAAUUUUUACUAAAUUUUAACGUUAAUUACAAAUUCGUUAAAUUAAUUGAGGAUAAUAUUCUCUUUUAUACCAAUAAUAACAACUUGUACUAUUUGCUGAAAUAUUUACUAAUAUACCAAACAACGCCUGAACCUGGUAACGUUGUGGAUAAUUAUGAAUUAAUAAUGACAGUUGUUGACAAAAUUUGUUAUAAUUUUCAUGAAAUUUCUAACAAGCUUGAGAUAUUGGGUCUGCUAUGCGACUUUGAAAUAGUUCACGGGGAUUUUACACAUUUGGUUUAUAACUUUAUAACUGAUCCAGCUAAUAUUAAGGUACUUGAAAAUAACAUUUACAACGUUUUAAGGUACUUCAAUUUAUGCAACAAGGUCAGUUACAAUGAAUAUACCUCCACCAUAAUUAACACACUAAUCUCCAAUAAAUCCCAGAGAAACUAUAAGAUUCGUGAAUUGCUAAUUAUCUUCAAAACUUUGGUGGAUUACUGUGAUUACUCAACCAUAAGUUCUGGAGAUUACUUUAAGUUUCUGUUAUCCAGUAUCGGUAGUAGAUUUAGUGCCAGAAAUUCCUUAGAAUUUAUCAAAUUUUUCGAGAUUCUAACUCCUUAUUCCUGCUAUCCUUACUUAAAUUGUUUAGAUUUUCUCGAUAACGAGAAGAUUUUACUGGAGUUCACUAACAAUAUUCAACUCAUUGACACCAGAAAUCUCAUUAACAUUUGUUCAAUUUACCUGAGCUACUUAAAGAACUCUGAAACGCUCUUGAAAUUCAUAAAUUUAUCCUCAACUCAAAUUUUUAAUCAUUAUAACGGUGUAAUUCGUAAUUUGUCCCUGUUUCAAGUAAUAGAUAAAAAAAAUAACUCCCCUAGUUCCAACAUCAGUUCUACUUCUGAACCCACAAUUAAACCUUCAAUUAACUUAGAUACUGAAUUUUUGAGUGGAGACGAGUUGUUAAGGCUAACUAGAAGGAUGUGUAAAUUUUUUUAUAACUGUAAGCAUCUGUUAGAUCACUUAAGUUACGCUAAUUUACUUGAAAUUAACGGAUUUUUAUCAAAUUACGACCCUAUUAUCCAGUUCCUAUCAACUCCAUUUGAUAGGCUCAGUGAUUCCUACACUCUUUUUAGUAAACACAAGCCUAUAAAGAAUAAGGAGAGGGUAUUACUUCUUGACGAUAUGGUUGGCAACUAUGUUCUCAAGAGAAAUCAAGAGAAUGAAGACAGCACUAACAGCAGUAGUGGAAUGAGUAAACUCCAUUUUGAGGUAAAGAAUGUUUUAAAUGGGCUAAACAUUUAUAAUUUAACUAAUGAAGUUACAAUUGGACCCUAUAAAACUGAUAUACUAAUAUGUUAAAUUUUACUUA